AUGGACUCCACAAAAUUUGCAACAUUUUUCGGCAACGUGCCCACUUUUACCAUACCUGGACGCACAUUUCCAGUGGAUUUGCUAUUUAGUAAGACUACCACAGAAGAUUAUGUGGAUGCGGCAGUAAAGCAAGCAUUACAAAUACAUUUAUCGAACAGUGAUGGAGAUAUGUUGAUAUUUAUGCCUGGUCAAGAGGAUAUUGAAGUUACUUGUGAAGUACUCGCAGAACGAUUAACUGAAAUUGACAAUGCCCCAAAGUUAUCAAUACUACCAAUAUAUUCACAAUUACCAUCAGACUUACAAGCUAAGAUUUUCCAAAGAUCUCCAGAAGGUUUGCGUAAAUGUGUUGUUGCUACAAAUAUUGCCGAAACUUCGUUGACAGUUGAUGGUAUUAUUUAUGUCAUUGACUCUGGUUAUUGCAAAUUAAAAGUCUACAAUCCACGCAUUGGUAUGGAUGCACUUCAAAUCUAUCCCAUAUCGCAAGCCAAUUCUAAUCAACGUUCAGGACGUGCAGGGCGUACAGGUCCAGGACAAGCAUUUCGUUUGUAUACACAGCGGCAGUAUAAAGAUGAACUUUUGCCAUUAACAGUACCCGAAAUACAACGUACUAAUUUAGCUAAUACGGUACUGUUAUUAAAAUCACUUGGUGUAGUUGACUUACUGCAUUUCCACUUCAUGGAUCCACCACCACAGGAUAAUAUAUUGAAUUCAAUGUAUCAAUUGUGGAUAUUAGGUGCAUUAGAUCACACAGGAGCGUUAACACCGCUUGGACGUCAAAUGGCCGAAUUUCCACUGGAUCCGCCACAGUGUCAAAUGCUGAUAGUUUCAUGUCAAAUGGAGUGUAGUGCUGAAGUACUGAUUAUAGUAUCGAUGCUUUCGGUUCCGUCUAUAUUCUACAGACCAAAAGGCCGUGAGGAAGAAGCGGACGGUAUACGUGAGAAAUUCCAAGUACCCGAGUCUGAUCAUUUAACCUACCUCAAUGUUUACCUACAAUGGAAACAAAAUAAUUAUAAUGCGAAUUGGUGCAAUGAACAUUUUAUACAUGUCAAAGCUAUGCGUAAAGUACGCGAAGUACGUCAGCAACUAAAGGAUAUUUUAAUACAACAAAAAUUAAGUUUAAAAUCUUGUGGUACCGAUUGGGAUAUCAUACGUAAAUGCAUUUGUUCAGCUUACUUUUAUCAAGCCGCUCGCCUCAAAGGUAUUGGCGAAUAUGUACAUUUGCGUACUGGUAUGCCUUGCCAUUUGCAUCCCACUUCUGCACUUUAUGGACUUGGUACAACACCUGACUAUGUUGUUUAUCAUGAAUUGGUAAUGACAGCUAAAGAAUAUAUGCAAUGUGCCACUGCAGUUGAUGGGUACUGGUUGGCGGAACUGGGUCCUAUGUUUUUCUCUGUUAAGGAGACUGGACGAAGUGGUAGAGAAAAGAAAAAGCAAGCUGCCGAACAUUUGAAAGAAAUGGAAUUGCAAAUGAAAUUAGCGCAAGAACAAAUGGAGGAACGUAAAAUAGCAGCAGCACAGAGAGAAGAGCAACUAGCUCCGAAACAAGAGAUCGUAACACCAGGAGCAACACCACGUCGUACGCCUGCGAAAAUUGGUUUAUAAAUUGUUUCUGUAUGUAUUCACAUACGUUUGUUUAUAUAUUUAAUUAUUUAA